CGCAUCCGUGACCUGAAGUGCUGGUCUACAGCCCCGGCAACGGAGAAAAAGAAAUAUCCCCCGACACAAAACACAUCAGACUGAAAGGUUUUGGUGGGAUCAAAAGCAAUCAUCUGUUGAAUGGACUCUCCGGGUUCGAAUCGGAGAAGCUCCAGGUAUAGAAAGAGAAAGAGCAUGCUCUUGGUUUUUGUUUGCACUGCGAGCGUCUUUUUGAUGGCCACGUCCUGCAGUUUUCUGUCCUUGCAGCGAGCUUUUCUUUUUCUCUUUUUUUUCUUUGCAGUUAUCGCUCUUAUAUUUGGAAGCGUGGCCUUCCGAUCGUCGUUAUACCUACCUGUACAUAUACUUCACCUCAUGCUCUAUAAUUGUUUAUGACCGGGAAGAUGAUACUCGGGGCAACAGCCUCCCUUCUCGAAUGAAAUAUUGUGACAUACUCCACA